AACACGUUCGACAUGCUUCACAAACAUAACAAAAGCAAAUAUUAAUGCCAAAAUGGAUAGCCUAGAUUUACUCAUAAUUUUUUUCUUUCGAUUACAAAAAAAAAGAAAAGGAUGAAAAAAAAGAAUGGUCAAUUUUUAAGGAUCAGGAUUAUUUAUUGAUGUAACCUUCUCAUACACUUUAAUCGAACGAUAUGAUUGAUGAAAAUUAUUGUUACUGUGAAUUUUCGAUCGGUAUCAUUGAUCUUGAUAUAUCCAUUUUUUAUAUUAGGUCUCGAAAAUAUGCUAAAUUUGUUUAUUAAAGCAGAUCGAUCGAUCGAUCGAUCGAUCGUAUCGAAUUUGUUCGUGGCGGAUGAUUUGAACUGGCCCGACAAGGCGAGCUCGAUGAUGUAACGAUUCACUUUUAUAUGUUGCUGCUGCUGCUUCUCCCAUCGAUUUGUUCAAUUUCGUUUCUCUCUCUCUCUCUCUCUUUGUCUAUGCUAUCUGUCUCAUAUAUAUAUAUAUGAUGUUGAUAUAUGUAUAUAUAUAGAAACGAUACGAAUUAAAUCGAGCGCACACUCGCGAUAGAAACGUCUCUCCCCUUCUCUUUGGAUAUCGGAUUAUAUACGUAUGUAUGUAUUUAUAUAUAUAUAAAUGUAUAUAUAUAUGUAUGUAUGUAUAUACAUACAUACGUAGAGAUCUCGUUCAGAACGUUUCGUGCCUAGUUAGCUAGCUAGCUAGCGAGCUAUUGCGUGUCGUGUUCGCGUUAAUGAUUUCGUUUAAAUGUACAUACGUGUAUAUACAUAUAUGCAGUGUGUACGGUUUCAUUCAUUGGCAUAGACCGUGUAUUCUUUUUUUCUUUUCUCGUUUAGAGACGUGUUUUGUUUUUAAAUGCUGCUCCGUAAACCCUUUACUAGUAUUAUGAGCGAUAUUAUUUCAGAAAUAUUUCAUUUAGGUCGUUCCAAGGGAGUCGAGGCAAUGGAUUUCUUUUUUUUCUUUUUCCCUUCUUUUUCUUUUUUUUUCUUUUACUUUUUUUUCUUCUUACUUUUUUCUUUUUCGUUUAUUCUCCUUCUAGACUUUUUAUUUAUUUAUUUAUUUAUUUAUCUAUCUAUCUAUCUAUCUAUCGUUUUUUUUCUUUUCGUUCUCCUUACGUUCGAGGAUUUUGUAUAAUUCGUUUUUUCUUUCUCUCUUUCUUUCUAUCUUCUUAUACAACGUCAGAGCGAGAAAUACGAACGGAAUAUAACGAGAUUCAAAUCGUAGAAUUAACUAUGUCAUUGAGAUUUUUUUUUGUCUAAAUCUAAUCGAUCUGCUAGAUUUAUCAGUCGAUAAUACAGAUAAUUAUUAGUUUUCUCGUUUUCUUAAUUAAAAAAAAAAGAUGAUAUAGUCGUUAUUUUUUAUAGACUAUUUCCAAUCGAUAAUUCCAAGCAGAACGAGUCGAAAGAUUCCUAAUUGAUUUUUAAAUAUCACCGUCGUUGAUUUUUUUCUUUUCUUUUCCAUUUUUUUGAUGUCAUCGUAAAAGCAGCCAUAGUAAUGGAAUUUUUCUUUACAAUUUGGAAAGAAAGAGGUAGAACAAAUUUCGUAAAAGAGCAAUCGAUUUUUCAAAUCACUUGGUAAUUUUUCGUGCCACCCUGUAUAUCGAAGGCCAUGGAGGUUCUCUUUCUCAUUUUGUAUUAUUUUUCUCGAAUCAAUAGAACGAUUCUCUCUCUCUCUCUUUCUCUAUCUCUCUCAUUGCAAACUCGUUAGUAAACCGACGGAUGUCGUUUUCACAAACGGCGUUCAGCGAAGUGGAGAGUAAAAAAAAAAAAGAAAAAAGAGAGAAAGAGAAAAAACCGCGUGGAACAGACAGACGCGUUCGAUAAUAAUAACGCGGGACAAUUGUGUGUGGAUAAUGGCAAUGGUGGAGGUCCUUGCAUCACGGUUUCUUUCUUCUUCCUUUAUUAUUUUUCUGUUUUUUCCUUUUUUUUUUGUUUUAUUUAUUUUUUUUUCAUUAUUUUUUUCCUUAUUUUCUUUUCUUGCUCCUUGUAAUUACUUUUCGAACGUACACGUUAUUUUCGUAUGAUCCUUUUCUUUUCCUUGUUUUUUUUCUCUUUUUUUUUGUUCAGUUAUUUUUAUUCCGCUUUAAGGAAAAAUUCGGUGAAAAAAUUUAGAUAUCUCAAGAUCGUGGAUCGAGAAACGUUAUCGAUAUAUUUAAGAUCUCAAAUUGUCGUGUAUCUUGUUAUUAUUAACAAUCGAUGCGUUAUAAAAAUAUCUGAUCACUCUGUGAAUUUUGUAAAAAAAAAAAAAAAAGAAAAAAAAAAGAAAAUAAUAAAAAGGAAGAAAAAAAUAGGAAAAAAAGAAAAAGAACAAAAAAGACACAGUUGAUAUUAAUUUGUGAAUCUUUUAAAUGUUUCACGUAUUAAAAAUUUAAUAGCGUAUUAAACGACGAGCGAAAAAGGAAAAAUGGAAAAAGCAAGAAAAUAAGAAGAAAAACGAAAGAAGAAGGAAUUAGUAGAAUUGAAAUUAAUUUCUGAAUCUUUCGAGUGCGUUAAAUUUAAUAAAGAAAUAUAUCGAGGAAUAAACGAUUAACAAGUAAUAUUAAUAAACUAAAAAAAAGAGAGAAGAUUAUUGAGAAAGUAGAAAGAAGGGAAUAAAAGAGAAAGAAUAAAGAAAUAUGAAGAUACAAUUUUCUAAUGUUGGUUAUGGCAGAAAGAGAAAACGUGUAUUGUUGCACGAUCGUCAUAUCGAUGCGGAAUGUUUAUUAGCUUAGAGUGUUACGUGUCGAGUUCUCUCUGUCUCUCUUUCUCUCUCUUUCUCUCUCUCUCUCUCUCUCUCUCUCUCUCUCUCAUGCUACUACUGUUCGCUCAUAACUCCUUUCUAUCUUAUAUUGCCAGUUAAUCGGUUCGUUUGAACAAUUUUAACUGCCGUGUGUGAACCGACCGAGUGGUAAUUGUGCCGCUAUAACGUCACUCGAAUGAACUUCAAAUUUUUUUUUUUUUUUUUUUUUUUCGACGCGUAUGUAUAAACGCGUAUGUAUAAAUCGUCACAAAGAUAAUGAUAUUAUCUUCGUUAUGACGUGUGCGACUAUUAAUUAGAAAAUCAAAACGCGUAACAGAAAUAAAAAAAAAAAAAGAAGUGAGAGAAGAAAGAAAUAAAACAACUUGAAUGAUCGUUAUUCGUUUCGUGUAUAUAAAUUUUAUCUUCGUCCUUCGCGCUUUUUUUUAGAUGUAUCAUGCGUAUAUUAAUAUAUUAAAUUUGUCAAUGAAUUGUGAAUAAUUUUUAAUAAAAAAAAAAAAAAAAAAAAAAAAAAAUACCAAAAAAGAAAAACAAUACCGAGAGUAAUGAUAUUCCUUGUUCAGAUAUGAGAUAUUGGAAAAAAAUUUUUCGACAUUAUUUCUAUCGAUUAAUUCGAUAUAACGAAGAUUGACGCGAUUCAUUGCUGAUCAUUUUUUUUUUUUUUUUACAGUAAAAGGAAAUAUUAAAUAAUAACAGUAAUGUCGCUUAUAUUUCGAUAUUAAAUAUUGAACAUAUUUUCAAAUUACUUAUUGAUAAAUUUAAUGCGACAAGGAUUAACAGGAAUGAUUCGUCGUGGAAAAUUUUUUUCUCUGUAAAAAGAAGAAGAAGAAGAAGAAGAAGAAAACCAAAAAUAUCAAAUAAAAAAUAUUUCUAUUUAUCGAAAAUAUAAUAUAUACAAAAAAAUAUCAUAACAAUUACAUAGAUGUAUACAUAUAUACACACACACAUAUAUAUAUACAUAUAUAUCUCGUUCAACGAAAUCUAACAAAAGAGAUUAACACGAUUAAUCUGAAAAAUCUCUCUCUUUUUUCUCUCUACUUUAUCACAAAUUAUUUUUUAUUCUCCUACAUUUUUUCUCCUCUUUUUUCUUCCUUUUUUUUUUUUUGAAUUUUACGUUCAUUCCUAUGAGAUGCAGAGGUAAUUAAAUGUACGUCAAAGGCAAAGAACGUUUACCUACUUAACUUCCUUCCUUCCUUCCUUCCUUUCUUUUCUUUUUAUUUCUUUUUUUCGAUCUAUGAUGAAAGUGCCUGCAAGUCAUCAUAAUAGUAAAGAAGAAAUAAGAGAGACAGAGAGAAACAGAGAGAGAGAGAAGUAGCUAGCUAGCUAGUUAGCUAGCUAGCUAGCUCUUGUUGGAAGUAUCCGUCGAGGUCACACAGCGUCGAUCAACGGACCAUCUGUCGAACACUCAGUUGCUGGGAAGCAUAAUUUUAGUAGGAUGAUGUAAUUUGGAAAGCGUCGUCGUCGGCACCAUUCUCCACGGUGCCACAAGAGCAUCAAAGUACACCCUCCCUUCCACCCUCUCUCUGCCACCUCCACAUUUCCCCACUUCCCCACUUCCCCACUUCCCCACUUCCCCACUUCCCCACUUCCCCAUUUCCCUACUUCUCCACUUCUCUACUCUCUGUCCCUACCUACCUACCUACCAACCUACCAACUUACCACCCACUUACCAACCACCCACCUACCCCAACAUCAUCAUCGAAGUACCGCGCGCGCUCGUAGAUGAGAGUAGAAGCUGCUUCUAAGGCUGCAAAUGAAAUUUCGGUCGGUUAAUCUACGAUGAGAAUAUAGUAGAUAGAAAGAUAGAUGGAGAGAGAGAGAGAGAGAGAGAGAGAGGUUAGAAAUGAUAGAAGAAAAUCGUGCAAGGUUUGCAUAAAAGGAAAAAUAUUUAUUUAUUAACAUUAGUAGAAUUGAAAUACGCUCGGUUUUUAGGGAUUCACGUCGGUGAUUCGAUAUUUUUCUUUUGCUGUUUGUUCACGUCGAUGAUGAGAUAUUUUUCUUUUGCUAUUACACAUUAUGUUAUGCUAUGUUAUGUUAUGUACUACGGCAAUAACAGGUUUAACAUGUCCUAAGUGUACAUAAACGAAAAUAGAAGAGGAAGUUGAAACAAGCGAUUUCCGUACGUGGCAGAGAGCUAUUUCGCAAAAUGCGAUUAAGGCCUGUCCCCAUUAACGGAUUCUCGUUAAAAUUUCCAUAUCGUUUGUCGAAUCCACCUCCUUUGCCUCGAUAGAGAUUAUCUCUCUCUCUCUCUCUCUCUCUCUAAUCUCUCAUUUCUCUCUAUCUUUUUCUCUAUUUCUUUCUCUUUCUCUCUCUCUCUCUCUUUCUCUCUCUCUCUCUCUUUCUCUCUCUCUCUCUCUUUCUCUCUCUCUCUUUCUUUAACGUUCACGAUAGAAAUCUUUUUCAAAAUUUAAUCGACGUUGAUACGUUCGUUAAUAUCUGUCAGAUGAUUAAUUCGAAAGCUACAAGAUAUAUAUAUAUAUAUAUAUAUUGGUAAUAUCGGAUAAUAGAUACAUCCGAGAUAAAAAUGUAUUUAUUUGGUAUAGAAAAAAAAAGAAAAAAAAAGAAAAAGAAAUAAAUAAAAAUAAAGAGAAAACAGAAAAAUAGGAAAAAAAAAGGAACAGGAAAAGGAAAUACUCGUCGUUUCGUUGGGGGUGGUUGAUACAUAUCUUCGUUUUUUUUUUCUCCUUCUUCUAUCUAAUAAUUUUUUUUUCUCGACGAUCGUAAUUCAUCGUAAAUCGUCGUAAAAAUUUUAGACGUUUAAAAAUAUUCCCAAUAGAUCUUGUAAGUCGUAAAUCAAAUGUUAGAGAGGUCGAUUUCGUAGGUCAUUUAUUUUAUGUAUUGGUCUCUCUCUGUCUCUGUCUCUCCCUUUGCCUUCGGUAAUGGUUUAUGGCUAACAUAAAAUUCGUCGGAAAGUUUUGAUCGUCGAUACGUACGAACUUUACAAUGUCUCUCUCUCUCUCUCUCUCUUUUUCUUUCUCUCUUUUUCUCUUUCUCUUUACUAGAGUUGUAUUAGCAAAGUGGUUAACCUUGAUAAAGUUCGUUGCUUUACGUACACAAUGGCCGACCUCCGAAGGCUAUUGCAUUCAUUAGGCGUCCAGACGCCCGUAGAUUUAUUUGUCUUGUAACAGAAGCGUGCCACGGAAUUUGCAUAAAAGAGGUAGGAUUUGAAGGGGGCGGGAGAAGAAGGAAAAAGAGAGAAAAAAAAAGACGAAGAAAGAGAAAAACGGUAGAGUGUCUCGUUUGUCGCAAUCGUUUCUUCAUUUCAUUUAUUUAUUUUGUUCCUUUUCUUUUCCGUCAUUUUCUUUCCUCUCUUUCUCUCUUUCUCUCUUCUCAUUAGUACAAAAUUAAUCGAUGUACAUAAUCGAUUCUUUUUUUUUAUCUUCGUCGUCCUUUGUAUUUCGUUUUAUUCAUUAAAAAAUGGAAACGAGAGAGAGAGAAGAGAGUAUGUAAAAUUUGUGAACGCGAGACUUAUCGAUUCCUUCCUUCCUCCCCCUCUUUUCCACCCCUCUUCCUCUUCCUCAUUUCCUUUUAAAUCCAUUCGGCUUAAAGAAGAAACCGAUUCAUGAUUGAGAAUGCCUGAUGACGUCAAGCUAAAGCAAAUGCCGAAUACGAAAUAAUAAAUAAUUCUUUGGAUUAAAAACUUAUGUAACGGUUGUAAUAGAACAAUCGAUUUCUAUUGGAAAUAAAAUAAAGGAGAAUUUAUAUUUGUUCGUACGUUAUAUAUAUGUAUAUAUAUAAUUAUUACUUAUGUAUUUCGGAGGUUCUUUUAUGUUUUUUUUUCGCUACUCGACGAGUAGCAGUAGUAGUAGGUACUUCUAACGAGAAUCGUUUAUUCAAGGUUAACGACUACUCGUCGUUUCCGUUAAGGAUAGAAAGAAAGAAAGAUAGAAAAUGAGAACGAAGCUUAAGUGGUAAGAACCAUUAUGGUUGGAUAAAGACAUCGUAUUACAGACUUUGACUUUCUUUCUAACGAUUCGUUAGAAGUCGUCGUUCUUUCUACGUUCUUUCUCAUAAACGAGCCAACUAGAAAUGUCCCUUGUGCACGAUCACUGCGUUUGUCGAGACCUAGAUAAAGAAAGAAAGAAAGAGUACAACGGAGGCGGACAGAUUGAUAGAAAGAGAAAGAGAAAGAGAGAGAAAAAGAGAGGGAGAGAAAGAGAUUGAUAAAUAGAGAAAGAGAGAGAGAGAGAGAGAGAGAGAGAGAAAGAAAGAAAGAGGACAAGUUAAAUGGCUAUGUAAGUCGUGAGAAGAAGAGUUGACCCGACACUACAAAACUGAUCCUUGUCGACACUGCAAUAUUCUAAUCCACCUUCAUUCUAGCGAAUGAGUUUGGAAAGUACUUUAACGGAAGAAGUACGUCAUCUGCAUAUAUACAUAAUACAUUUAUACAUACAUACAUACAUACAUACGUACGUACGUAUACACAUCAUACAUAAACACAUGCAUGCAUGUUUAUCUCUUUCUCUCUCUCUCUCUCUCUCUGUCUGUCUGUCUUUCUUGUUUCGUACGCGUGCAAGUUAUGGUUACUUUAGCUACAAGUUUUAUUUUGUUCGAACCGCUAAUCUCCAAUAUCUCUUUCUCUCUCUCUCUCUCUCUUUUUUUUGCGUUUAUUGCAGCGAAUUUUGCUUUGAUUAUGUCAUUUAAAUAAUGACAUUAGAUACUUUUUUUCUUUCUUUCUUUCUUUCUUUCUUUAUUUAUUUAUUUUCUUUCUUUUUUCUUCUUCUUCUUCUUGUACUUUACGUAAGAUUAUUGUUAUAUAAAAAAAAUUUAUUUCCCAUCGAUGUUUCGAAUGCAAUGAAUACUCUCUGUCUCUUCUCUCCCCUCCAUAUUUCUCUCUCUCUCUCUUUCGCUCGUUCGCUCACUCUCACUCGUUUUGUUUCUUCGUUAAAAUGUCAUUCCCGCGGUAAGGAGGUCACUUGGUUAAUUUUAGAAACGUAACUCCUACAGAAUCUCAUAAACGUAAAGAGAAUGUUAAGGCCUUUUUAACUCUCUCGUUUGAUUCAGGGUCGUUCUGUUUCGACGCGUUGGAUAAAGAAAAGAUGGUUGAGAUAUCCUCCUCGUGAUAAUAGAACGAAUAGAACGAGAGUUAAGUUACGUCAAAGGUGUCUACGUAACGAAUUCAAUUAGAUCUUCUUUUUUUGUUUGUUUGUUUUUUCUUUCUGCUUUUGAUUUUUUCUCCUCGUCGCACCUAUAUGAAUAUAUAUAUUUAUCAAUUAAACUUAACUUUAAUGGUUAUUGUAUGAUUAUACUAUCUAUAUUAUCAUUUAUAUCUUGCGAUAUUAAUUGAAUUCGCAUUAAUGUUAAUUACGAAAGAAUGUGGAAUUUUUUUCUUCUUUCUCUUUUUUCUUUUCUUUUUGUUUUUUUUUUUUUCCCUUCAAAUCAAACUUUUCGACCCUACGAAACGAACGAAAUACCUUUGAUUGGCUCGGACGAAAAAAUAUUGUACGAAGAUAAUCGACCAUUAUUUUUUUAUUUCCUAUUCGUUUAAGACAGUUCGGGAUAUAAAUCGUGACAAAUUUAAAAUUGUUAUUCGAGUUAAGUACUUACGUCCACGAAAUAUCGAGUUCCGCGGUAUGUUUUUGACAGAUCCAUUGAGAUCGUUUGAAAUUCGUAUGGAUCAAGUACCAUUAGCGUGCGUUUAUUCGACUGGAACUAUCGAAAAACGAUAAGUUGUUUGUUACUGUCGAUACUUUAAUUUAUUUUGUACGAUUAAUUUCGAACAAGUCUAAUAGAAACGUUAUUCGAGCGAUUAUGAUAUUAUUAUUAAAACAUGAUAUUAGGCUGUCCCCAAAGAAUUUCGAACGAGCUCGGUUUGCGAAAAUUUUAUUAUAAUAAUUUUUCGUUCAAAUGAAAUGAAACGUAAGAUACACCGAUAACACGUACACACGCACACGUACAAAAAGAUAUAUCUGUAUAAAACCAAAAAAGUAAAAAAAGAAGAAGAAGAAGAAAAAAAAAAGACGAGAAACGAAGAAAAAAUAAACAAAAAAGGAAAUUAAAUUAUUAUAUAAAGAAAAGAAUGAAAGAAAGAAAGUAAGAAAAGAAAAAAAAAAAAGAAAGAAAAAUAACGAUUUGCUCUUCACCAUUUCAUAAUGUAUAUGUAAUAUAUGAAUAGAUGAGAUAAUUAAAUUGUAGAACUAGUCUAUGUAUGGCUGUGCAUCUCUGGAAUACAGAUAAUGAACGGAACGUUUUAGUAGAAAAAAAAAGAAGAAAAAAAAAACACAAAAAAAAAAAUAUUAAGCACCGAGAGUUUAAGUAAAAAGAAGAAGAAUAAGAAAAAAAAAAAAUAUACAAUGAAUUAUUCCUCGUCCUAGGAUAAGAAUCCUAUUUGAAUAUAUCAUAGACUUUUACGGUCUUCCCCAGAUAUGUGACUCGCGUAAUUUCCCAUUAGUCAACUUUUCUUCCUCAUCCCUUGCUUCUUCUGUCCCUUUCCCUCUCCACCCUCUCACUCAGCCCUUUUCUCGAUCCCACUUCUCAUUCGUCGUCUCCGUCUUCGUUUUUCUUUCUGUUUCUAUUUCCGUCUAUUUGUCUAUAUUCUAAUUACUAAAUUAAGAGAGAGAAUUACAAGAGAAUAAUUGAAGAAAAACAAAAAAAUAAAAAAAUAAAAAAUGAAAUAAAAAAAUAAUAAUAAAAAAUAGAGAGAGAAGAAGAAGAAGAAGAAGAUGAAGUUGUUGAUGAUGAUGAUGAUGAUGAUGAUGAUGAUGAUGAUGAUGAUGAUGAUGAUGAUGACGGAAAAUAAAAGAAAAUAUUUAGGCAUUCCAUCUGUAAAUUUCAGGAUGAUAUACUUACAUGCUAAAAUAUUACUUCCUGUACCAUAUAUCUCGAUAGCGUAUUAAUCUCAAACUACGCGUAACGUUAUCCGAAUUCCUUCAGAAGUUUGAAGAGCUUGAAAUUCCAACGUGUAAUCGAUGUCCCGAGGAAACAUAUAGGAUGGUAUUAAUGUCUUGGGAAGUUACAUAAGUUUCCACGAGCAUUUCUUCUUGUAACUCGACGAUGAUGAUCGAUUAUAUUAGAACCCGACGAUCUAUCUAUCUAUCUAUCUAUCUAUCUAUCUAUCUAUUUAUCUAUCGGUGAUCUUAUGAAUGAAUUUAGAUUCUUUUUUCCUUUCUUUUUUUCUUUCUUUUUCUUCUCUUUUUUUCUUCUUUUUCUUGUUCGUCUUUUAAAAAGACGACGCGAAAGGAAAAUAAAUUAAGUUAGAAACGGGGAGAAUUGAAAAGUAUUAAAAGAAGAAAAUAAAACGACGACAACGACAACAACAGUAAAAUAAUUGGAAUGUCGAAAGAAAAAAAAAAAAAAGAAAAGAGAGAGAGAGAGAGAGAGAGAGA